AUGGCCGCUCUCUAUGAUAUGACUCGUCAUUUGACAAAACAUCGGAUUGAUACUGUUUCUAAAAAAUUGGAAGAAGAAGAAGAUCUACCAGCAAUUUUAUUAGACAAUGUUGUUACUAUUGAAAAACUGCCAGAUAAAGUGCUUCAAGAAAUUUUCACUUAUUUAUCACCUUACCAAGUGCUCAUUGUUGGACAAGUUUGUAGAAGAUGGAAAAACAUUGCUCAAAGUCCAUCACUCUGGCAACUUAUCUCUCUCCGACCAUCUUAUGGUGGAUUACAGGUAACCAAUCAGGAUUACUUUUUGCACCUAAUUGGAUCACGUUUUACGGAGUUACGGGUAAUUGAAUUAGCAACUGACUUAAUAACACCUAAUGUGCUUCAUGAGUUAGCUGCUCGAUGUCCUCGACUUUGGUCUAUGACAUUAGAUUUUUCCACAGCGAUGCAACUGCAUGAUUUCACUGACUUACAAAGCUUCCCAAGUCGAUUGCGUUCAUUAACUAUAUGUUUGAGUGAAAACAUUUUCUUAGAAGGUUUUCUAAGGAAGAUUUAUACAUUUAUCUCUUCAAUGGAAGUACUGCAAAUUAUUGGUACAUAUGAAAAAGUGGAAGAUGAAGAAGAAGAAGUUUAUGAAACAGUAAACAUACACAAGUUAAAGCAGUACAUGCCAAAUCUCCGUGUUGUAAACUUGUGGGGUGUGCCAUUCAUAACAGAUGAGCAUGUUGAUUCUAUAUCAUCAAAUUGCGCUCACUUAGAAUGCCUCUGCGUCAAUUAUUGCACAAAAGUUACCGGUUCGUGUCUUCGGCUUGCAUUACAACGCUGCAAAAAACUUAAAAGUCUUCUUCUUGCACAUGCAUCUCUUGAUGAUGAAAUUAUCAAAGCUGUCGAAUGGGAAAAAACACGUAUUGAAGAACUGAAUGUAUGUGGUACUGAAUUGUCUUCUGACGCUUUAAUUAGCAUGUUAACACGACUAAAACAUUUAAUUUGGCUAGAUGCAUCUUGGCUUGAAAACAUGAAUGAUCAGGUUCUAGAAACAUGGAUUAACUCAGAAUCUAUUUCAAACUUGCAAUACUUAAAUCUAGACACUUGUGAUUCAUUGAAUGAAGCAUCAUUAACAGAAUUAAUAACUAGAAUGGGUCAUCAGUUACUUGGUUUAAAUUUGGGAGGACAUCAUAAAUUACUUGAAUAUUUCUGGACAAAUGUGAUCCCAAAACUGAAAAACAUUAAAGUACUUGUGAUGGGAACCGCCGAAGAUUGCUGUUCAAAAGUGUUUGCAAAAAUUCAUAUUGAUCAAUUUAUUGACUGCAUUGCACAAAACUGUCCUAAGCUCUGCCGUCUUGAAAUUCGUUGGGAUGAUGAGACCUUAAGAUUCAGUGACAAGUCAAGUAAAUUCAUCGAUAUUAUUCGAAUGAAAUGCUUAAAACUUCACUCAAUGGUACUCUCUGAUGGUCAAUAUUAUGAAUUAGUACGGGCUAAUUUUGAAAGAGCCGACCGAAUGUGUGUUGCCAGGACGCUUGAAAUGUGCCGGACAGGUCUGAUGCAUUGCUCACGUUAUUAUAACCACUUAUUGUUUAAUUAA